GCCCCGCCCGAUGGGCCGGCGAGAGCCCCGCCGCCUAUAAAGGGAGCGGGAUGGCGGCGGCGGGCCGAGGCGGCGCCGAUGGAGGGGCGACGGUGGUCGGCGGGGCUGAGCGCGGCGGUUCUGCUCACGUUGCAGGGCCUGGCCUUCACGCAGGGCCUCAACUGCAGCCAGACGCAGUACCUGUGGAAAGGUCGAUGCUGCAACCGAUGCCCACCAGGCCAGAAGGUGGCGGCCGCCUGUUCGGGGCAGUCCAAUACGACCUGCAGCCCUUGUGAGGAGCACCACUUCCAGGACAGGUGGACCGGGCUGCCUCACUGCACCCAGCACCGCUCCUGUAGCCCGCAAGCUGGCCUGAUUGUCUAUCGGAACGGCAGCAAAGAGCGAGACUUCGUCUGCCGGUGCCAGGAGGGUAAACACUGUUCCAGCCACGAGUGCGAAACCUGCCGGCCCCACAGCCUCUGUGGCCCUGGGGAAGGGGUCCAACGGGAAGGCAAUCACCUGACCGACACCCUCUGCGUCCCCUGUUCUUUGGGCUACUUCUCCAAUGUCUCGUCCUCCACAGCUCGGUGCCAGCCCUGGAGCAGAUGCCAGGAGGGGCUGGUCCAGAAGGCAAAGGGCACGCAGGCAAUGGACAACAUUUGUGAGGCACCCCUGUUGAAGACCCCCAAGGCCAGUCCGAGCCCCCUGCUGGUGCUGCUCCCUGUGGCUGCCCUACUGCUGGGGGCGCUCCUUUUCUUGUGGCAUCGGCAUGGCAAAUGUGCUCGGAAGUGGCGUCAGGAUCUGCCCCUCCAGGAGGCCCCGGAGCCCACGGAGAAUGAAGAGGAGUGCUCACCCCCCACCCAGGAGACCCUGCUGGGGGAGCAGAUGGGCAUGCAGGAGAAGGAAUGCCACCUCGCCCAGCAGGAGCAGGUCUGAGCAGGAAGCCAUGUGGAGGCGAGGGCAGCUGCACACCUGGGCCGGCCACCCGCCCGCCCGCCUCUCUGCGCCCCACACCCGGCAGUCCUGGGGAUGCUGUGUCCUGCCAGCGGCCUCCUUGGCUCAUCUCCUCCAGAACCGGACCCCCCAAAGGGAAGGCUGGCAGGGCAAAAGGAUCAGGGCCUUCCUCAAAGGGCCCCGGGCAUUCUCCCCACCUGGAUCCUGACACCGGUUGUACCAAGCUCUCUUCCUGGGAAGAUCCUGGCCAACCCCUGGCAGGGGUCCUGGGUGGAAGCAGUGCAGCAAGGGGGGCUGGGCUGCCCCUCCUGGGGGCCCAGAGCUAUUUCCCCCCAUCGGCUGCAGUCUGCAGAGAGGAGGAGGUGGACCAGCCAGGCUGGGCUUGCAGUUGUUCCGAAGGCCUGUGUGUUGUGGCCUCCCAGAUCUGGGGGAAGGCCGUGGGGUGGUCCAACAGGCCCUUCUCUAAUCUGGGAUGUCGCCCAAGCUGGGCCACCUCGUGGGGAGCUGCAGACCUGCUUCUCCCUCUUUCCCAGCCCGAGGGAGUGAUCUGAGCUGGGUGCAGGUGGAGGAAGGUGGUGAGGAGGCUUCUGCCCAUUUGGCAAGAGCAGCCUCCCAGGUGCCUGGGCUCUGUACUGCAGGGUGCCCCCCCCCUGCAAGACCGAAAAGCCCCUCCAGGGGGGCUUCUCUCUGCCCUUAAAGGGAACUGCAAACUCAGAAGGCUGAGAUUUAAAAUGGAGGCUCUGGGAGCCGAGCUGCACCCACUUUUUCUAAGAACCUCUCAAGGUCCGAGCCUCAGCCGGGGGAGGGGAGACUCCCAGCCCCCUCCUACCUCACCCAGAUCUGCCCUGGAGGCCGAGAUGACGAGCUGGCUCAGAUGACGAGCUGGCUCUAGCUGAAACAGGGAGCAAAGGGGGGUGCCGAGUUCUUGAGAAGGUCAGUCCCCAAAGUCUGAUGGUCUCCAGAGUAGGGAUGCUUCCGCUUGACCGGGCGGGGGGGGGCUUUGGUAGGCAGCUGGCUCUGGUGUCCAAACCCCCUGCCUGGCAGGGCUGCAGUCUUGGGGGGGGGGCUCUGUCCUCCCUCCUCCCUUCCCUUGGAACAGCCAGAUCAGAUCAAGUUUACUCUCCCAUGUGUGUGUUUCUCAGACAGCAGCUCUGUUGCAUUUCUAUAAAACUCUUCCUUUGUUAA